AUGUUGCUCGAUAAAUAUAGCAAACUGCGUCACGUCAAGUGUGAUGAAGCCCUUCCACACUGCCAAAGAUGCAUCAAGGCGAAGCGACCAUGCCACUACACCGACCCCUCAGUCAAGCCAGAUGAUCCAGUCAAGUUCGUCGUAUAUGCUGCGCAGAAAGAACCUACCCCUUUUCCUGGCCUCACCCGGUCUGAACGCCGUUCUCUGCACCACUUCCAGCAUCGCUCGGCAGAAGAGAUACCAAGUCCCUUUCGUUCCGAACUGUGGUCCCGAAUCAUCUUGCAAGUCGCCGAGCGCUCACCAGCGGUGCGUCAUGGAAUCUUUGCUCUCAGUAGCAUGCACGAGUACUUUUCGAGCCCCGACACAUCCCAAGCGCUGCUCUCUGACUUCAGCAUGCACCACUACAACAAGUCGAUUCGCAACGCCAUCCGAAUUACAGCACCUGACGAGUCCUUCGAUGCUUUACUGUUAACCAGUGUCAUGUUCUGUGCGCUAGAAGGCCUCAAGGGAGAUUUCGAACAGUCUUUACAGCAUGCUUUGUCCGGCCUGAGGAUAAUUGCCAGAGGUCGGCAGGGCUGUCACCCAAGCUCAGCCGCCAUUCCGGACGACAUGCUCCCGAGCAUAUUUUUGGCACUGCAAACCCAGGUCAUGGAACUUGAGGAUCUGAGCAUCUUCAGAGUCUACCCCGACGUGGCCCAAAAAUUUCCACCGCUGCCAGACCAUUUCUCCGACGUGGAAGAAGCCAUGCGAUACCUUCAGAUCCUGCUUAACCAAAUGAUUGGGUUUUCUGACCGCUUCCAUACUGCCUGUCAGCAUAUGGUCUACGUGCCUGCCGAGGUACCAGAGCCUUUGCUACCAGAAUUUACUGCUAUUCGCGAUUGGUUCUACUUGUGGGAUGAGGCAGUCAGUCGGAUUGACACCAUCAUCACCGGCAGCGACGGCAAACAGCAUAAAGCCUUACUGCUACUCAAGAUCUAUCAAUCGGUCAUGAGAACCGUUAUUGACUCACUCGACAAACAAAUACCAUCUGUUGACUCUUUCGAACCUGAAAUCAUGGGUAUUCUCAAACUUGCUGAGGUGUUUCUUCAGUCGCAAUCUGGAUGGCAAUCAUCGUCAUUCGGCGAAGCCGUCACUCAGCCGAUCAGACCUUCUGCUCCUUCGCCAGUCUUCUCCAUUUCUCUUGGAGUUGUCCCCGUCCUUUUUGAGAUUGCCCAUCGGGCAAGAAACCCACAGCUUCGCGAAGAGGCCUUGCGCCUUCUUCGCUCAUGCAAUAGGAGAGAAGGUGUCUGGGACAGCCAGGUGGCCGCGCGCAUCGCAGAAAGGCACAAUGCCCUCCAAGAUGAAGUCGACGCCAGAUUUGCCGAAGACAGCACCGACUAUCGUGUUUUUAUCACCGAUAUUGGCCUGCUCACUGAAGGCAAUAUUCCUUUUGUUCAAUGCCCACAGAAAUACAUGAUUGUGCCCGCCGGUGCCCAUCUCAUGGACAAUUAUUGGCUGGGUGGAUUUAAUCCUCCCUCGGAUCAAGAACGGUUCGAGAGUAUUGCUUGA